GGCGGCAACCUCGAGCGCAGCGAGCAUUGGAUCCGCAAGCUGUACGCGUCAGGGUUCACUACGCCAAAGGGCUUCUGUCGCCAGCUCGUGCGCAAGUCCAUGAGCGCAGCGUCGACGGACGUCAUCGCCCAGCACGCCGAGCAGGUCACCUCGUGGCUGGGGCGGCUUCAUCGCAUGGGAGUUCCGAUCGACCGGCCCACUGUCAACCUGCUGAUGGGAGCGUUCGCAAGGAGCGGCAACAUUGUCCGGACCGAGCAGUGGGCCGCGUUCAUGGACGAG